GCGAUGCGUUGCGUCAUCCAUUGAAUUAUCCCGAAUUCGCAUUUGGCAGUCGCGACCAGCCUGUGCCUGUGAUAGACUAGUGGCUCUACAUCGAUCGGGACCGCUAUUCACGGUCGGACGACGGUCAAAGUAUCUACAAUUUUUCCAAGUGACACAAGCGUUCAACUAGAGAAUUAAGCAGAUAUGGGUGUUCCGGCAGGCGAUCCAGAGAAAGGAAAGAAGCUUUUCGUCCAAAGAUGCGCACAAUGCCAUACUGUCGAAGCAGGUGGCAAGCACAAAGUAGGUCCCAAUUUACAUGGUCUCAUAGGUAGGAAAACUGGUCAAGCUCCAGGUUAUCUGUAUACCGAUGCCAAUAAAGCGAAAGGUAUCACUUGGAAUAAGGAUACCUUAUUCGAGUACCUGGAAAACCCAAAGAAAUACAUUCCCGGCACGAAGAUGGUGUUUGCCGGAUUGAAGAAGCCGCAGGAGCGGGGGGAUCUUAUUGCUUAUCUUGAACAAGCGACGAAAUAAGUACCCUGCCUCUCCUUUUCCGCGUGCAUGUCGUCGAGUGUGAACAGCGCGAAAAAUGCGAGCGAGCACGCGCGAAAUGUCACAUACGGCACGUGGCGCAUUAGUACGAUUAUCAUCUCAUUACACCUCGUCACCUCACUCGUGUUCAUCUCAUAGACUCUCCCUCUCGAUGGUAUUCAAAGCGUUCGCAAUACGUGAUCGAAUAGUAAUGAAUUGUUAUUGUAUUAUUGAUAUAAGUAGGUACUUGCAAGUAUGUACAUUAAGGGGUUCAGCUAGCUGACCCUGUUCUCUUUUUCUUCAUGGAAGAAAUAUUCUCAGGACGCUAACGUUCGCCAUGCGAGUGGUUGAGCCACUCUUUCGCAUCUUGCGGAUUCCACGUGUCCCUGGCUAUUUAUUCUCAUAUCGAUUGUAUCAUGCAGCGAGUGUUGAUCUGUAAAUCAAGAAAUACAGACUAGGCAAUUGAAAAAAUUUAGAA